AUGGUCGAGCGUGACCACAGUGUGCUGGAGGGUCGGCGGGUAACGGUACAGGUCGGACAGGAGAAUUGGCCUGCGCCUGUCGCUAUCGCAUCAUCAUUGAUCGCCCCGAGUUUACAUCGGCUCCGUUCCUUCUCUCCUCUCCUUUUCCCUCCAACAUCGCUUUUAUCCAAAAACGCUUCCUGCCCCCGGGACGCGCCAUCCCCACAGCCCCUCCGUCCCGUGCUGGCCUCCCUCUACGACCGAGCAGCGGUACUCGAUUUAAUCCUCUAGGUAUACGCAUACGCAUACAAUAUCAUACCUCGCGCCCGCGCCGACACGUACACAAGCCAUAGCCAUGAAUCCCUCCAAUGGAUUCUCGCAUCAACAGCAACAACACUUCAAUCCCCAACAACAGCAGCAACAGCA